UCCGAAAGGUUUUCUCACUGAUUAGUGCGCAUCAAUGAAAAGGGCUCUAGAGGCCUGUAUGCCAACAACAGUUCACCGCUGGUGUAUUUGGCACAUCAUGAAGAAGAUUCCAAGCAAAUUAAACGGGUACAAGGGACAUGCCGAUAUCGAACAACAAAUGAGCCAUGUUGUUUGGAACUCUCACAGCAAAGACUUAUUCGAUAGGAAUUGGAACGAUUUUCUGGUGAAUUUUGGUCUUGCGGACAACAAGUGGCUUUCAGAUCUGUACGAAGACCGUCACAUAUGGGUUCCUAUCUAUCUGGACCACCACUUCUGGGCAGGGAUGAGAAAACAAGUUUCCAGCUCAAUAUUCGACAAGUUCGCGGUUACCUAUGACUCAGUUGCAGCCGAGUGGCGCAUUCAAGUUGCAGCCAAUAUCAGGGACAAGUUAUAA